AUGUCGCGGUGUGAGGCCCACCCGGCACAGCGACGCUGGGUAUUGGCGCUGGCGCAGGCCGAGAGGCGCACCGGCCCUUCGCGGGCUGUCAGCUGGACCGCGGCGCUGCUGCAGCUCAAAGGCCUACGCAAUGCAGUUUGCUUCAACAUCACCGCCGGGAGCUGUCAGAAGGCGCGGCAGUGGAGAAGGUCGAUUAGCCUUUUCGAGGAGAUGCCACAACGUGGGGUGCGGACUGACCUGGUUAGCCUCAACACGCUGGCAUUCACUGCCUGGCGUGGGGCGCUGCUUCUCCUUGAGGCCGCAGCAGUCUCACAGCUGCAGCAGGACCAGCGCACCUUCAAUGCGCCAAUGGUCAAAGGACAUUGGCGCCUAGCUCCGCAUCUCGUGUCGCGCAUGGCCAGGGAAGCGCUGACGCCCGACCUGGUGAGCCACAGUAGGUGCUUGGCAGCUCCAUGGUGCUUGUCCUUCCACCACUUGGGCAGACUGGGAAGGCCGGAUGUGGUGUGCUGGGGUGCGGCGACUGCCGCAGCGCAGUGGGUGCAAGCGCUGAGAGUGUUGGCCCGAAUGGCCAGCCUUGCGGUGCGGCCGGACAUGGCGAGCUUCGGUGCCGCCGCGCAGGCGGCGUGGCGCUGGGCCACGGCGCUCUUGGAAGAUCUGAGGUGGCAGUCCCUUCGUGCGGACCGGGCGUUCUUUCGGGGGCUCUUCCCUGACAGCGGGUGGCACCGGUCGCUGGCGCUGCUGGGCCAUGCGGAGGCCGCUGGUCUUCCGUCAGAUGCCGCGAUGCUGAGCAGCUGCAUGCGGACCUGUGGCGAGGGCGGGUGGCCGGUAGCUUUGCACUUGGCAUGGCACGGGCGCCUAGACCAGAUUGGCCUCGGUGCAGCCCUGGCUGCCUUCGCAAGCUGCCAGCAGUGGCAGCGUGCCCUUCUCUUGCUGACAGAGUCUCCAGUCUUGUUGGACGAGGUGAGCUUCAACUCGGCCCUGGCGGCCUGUGAGAAGGCAUCCCAGUGGCGGGAAGCCAUGGAGCUUUUCCACCUCAUGCAGCGAAGUCAGGUUGCUCCAAGCGCUACUACCUACAGCUCGGCGAUCAAGGCGUGUGGCAACGUGAGCCGCUGGGCAAUUAGCCUAGCGCUUCUCGAGGAAAUGAAGGACGCAGGAGUUUUGGCUGAUGCCGCCUGCUACAACAGCGCCAUGGGCAGUCAAGACGAGAGGGGCUGGGGCUGGUGGAGGGCGCUGGCGCUCUUCGCUGGCCUCGCCGCGGUUUCGCUGCGCCCGAGUGCUCGGAGCAAAACCACGGUCCUGUCUGCCGUGGGCGCUCCCUGGGCUUUGGCUCUGGCAAUGGAGAAGGAGAGUCUGCAGAGCUUCAAUGCUGCAAUGACAGCCUGCGAGAAAGCGGGGCAGUGGCAGUAUGCCACCUGGCUGCUGGUGGGAAUGCAGCUCGUGCAGGUGCUGCCGGAUGCAAUUAGCACCACCGCGGCCGCAGGCACAAGCCUCCGCUGGGAAGCCACACUUGUGUGGCGAGAGCGGUUUCAGCUCCAGGAGGUAGAUCCAAGCGCUCUCAUCGCGGCAUGCGGCCGGAGUUUGGGCUGGCUGGAAGCCCUCUACUUCUUGAGGCGGCCGCGCGCAGGUGAGGCGACGCUGAUGGCACGGAAUGCUGCGAUCUCCGCAGUGGGGCCCCGGUGGCAGCUGGGGCUCUUAGGUGUGCAAGAAGCACAGGGCGAUGAGAUCACCUUCACCGCUGCGCUCAGCGCGUGUGAGCAGGCGGCACAGCCGGCGCUGGAGCUGGCGCUGGCGGAGCUGCCGCCGGCGCAGGCGGCGCAGGCGGCGCAGCGGGCGGAAUUGCCGCCGGAGGCGGCACAGUUGCCGGUGGCACGGCGCUCCAAAGUGGAGCCAUGUCGCAGUGCUGGAGGCGCCCGCGGGCUGGAAACCAGCUGCCAAGACGGCUGCGUGGAGUCCAGCAUGGGCCAAAUCUGCUUCGAGGCAGACCCCAGCAGCGCCACUCAGGAGGAGCAUUGGCAGUAUGUGGGUGAGGGCAAGGGCGCAUAUGGCACCAUGAACCAGAUCCAGUACGUGGGCUACGGCGCUGGCGCGUGGGAUCGUGAAGAGGUGACCACCUACAAGGGCUACCGCUGCCGAUUCAUUUGGGUCAGCUUGUGCAGCUUCCUCCUCCUCCUGGCUGUGUGCCUGCUGCUCUUGGCUUAUUUCUGGCCCUCCUGGUGGGUGGGCACGGACCUGGGCCACAGCGACCACCAGCUGCAGAUCCACGACUGCAACCUGGGCCUCGACAACUGGAAGCAGCUCUGGAACAAGGAGAAGCAGGUCUACUGCUGCAAUUUGCGGAACGUCGGAUGCACUCCGCAGGGCGACACCGGCGUCGAGACCCAAGUGGUCCGGCAGACGCACUACGUCACCCGAGUCCACCGCAUCCCCGAGCCGGUGCCACGACCGGUGCCAGUGCCCGAGAAGCACGUGGUGUUGCACCAUGUGUAUGUACCAGACAGGCCCUUCGACUGUGAGGCUGGCUACGGGGAUUGGCAGCACCAGUGGAACACCAAGCAGCAGCGCUACUGCUGCUUCCUCGUGAAGCGUGCCUGCCCGGUGAAGGUGGUCACGCACGACCGCUACAUCACGGUGACGAAGGUGAAGAUGGUGCCGAAAACCAUCCAAAUGGAGAAGCCCAAAGACAAGCACGUGGUGGUGCCAAAGUACGUGCCGGUCCGACUUCCCGUUGAUCCUAUCCACCUGCCAGUGCCGAUGCCGCCGCAAACCGUGUACAAGACCAUCAGCCACGAGCAGUACAUCAAAGUGCCGGUCAUCCGCAUUUAUCACCAUACGGAGCAUGAGCAUCAUGAGCAUGAGCAUGAGCAUCACUUCGACUGUGACGCCGGCUACUCCAACUGGUACUUCGGAUGGUCCAACUCCAAAAAGAAGUGGUGCUGUGAACAGGUGUCCCGAGGCUGCCCGGGCACCUGGCAUGGCAGUUUCCACCUGGAGACGCACAUGACCAAGGAGACGGGCCAUGCCACUGGCCGCAUCUAUGACUGCAACGCCGGGAUCUCCAACUGGCUGCACGGAUGGUCUGACUCCAAGAAGAUCUGGUGCUGCGAGAAGGAGAACCGGGGCUGCGUGCCGCACCACUGCGAUGGGGACGUGGGCGCGUGGACGGCGGCCAAGCGCAGCUGGUGCUGCGGCAACUUCCAGAAGGGCUGCGCAGCAACGACCCUGUCGCCUCUGAAGUGCCACGCGCCCUGCACGCAUGCGGGGGAGACCGCCACGUGCCUGGAGCGCAUCCAUUGGACCAGGGACAACGUCUUUCAGGGCAAGAACAACGCCUGCGGCCAGGCCUACAGCCAGGUCCAAGUGGAAUGCAGCAUUUGCCGCGCCUGCUCCAUCCAGGAAGCCCAGUGCUCGGUGCACGUGGCCACCUCCCUUCCCUUCGACUGCAACGCGGCGCUGCAGAACUUCUUCCGGGCCUGGGCUCCGGAGAAGAAGCAGUGGUGCUGCACCAAGCAGGGCAAGGGCUGCGAGGGCACCACCCCCCCGCAGGUGGAUCCUGGCUUCGGCAUGGUGUGGAAGCGCGUGCAGGUGAACGGCUACUGGACCUGGACGGCAGUGCACGGGGAUCACGUGAGCCUGCCCUACGACUGCCACGCCGGGCUCGCUGGCUUUCAGCAGGGCUGGUCUCAGGGUAAGAAGGCGUGGUGCUGUGCCAACCAGCACCUGGGCUGCGGAGGCAGCGGCGCCAAUGGCGGCAUGCAUGUGGAGCACACGGUAGUGAUCGGUGGCGGCGGUGCCGGCGGCGGUGCCGGCGGCGGUGGUGCCGGUGGCAGUGCCAGCGGCGGCUUCGCCGGAGCUGGCGCCUCGGCCUCCUUGGCUCCGCCUGGGGCGGCGUCCGGUGGCAUGAUGUGGCACUGGGCCAGCUCCGGGGGCUCCUGGCACUGGGUCCAGAUUCCGAUCCAUGGAGAGCUGCCCUUCGACUGCAACGCGGGAAUCAGCCGCUGGCAGACAGGCUGGUCAUCGCCCAAAAAGCACUGGUGCUGCCACAACAUGGGCAAAGGAUGCCUGUGAGCAAUGCUGCCGUUGAAUUCAGAUUGCCGGUUGAAUUCAGUUUGCCGUUUCAGCUUUCAAAAUUCAGGAAGCCGCCGGCAUGGACAAAGCCUUUUCCCGCUGCUGGCAGGGAGACUGAUUGCGCGUG